AUGGGGCCAGGACAAACGAAACAUCCCGGGCUGGUGGCCGUUUUUGGCGUCUUCUCGAACGCGUUCCUCCUCAGGAUCUUCAUCGCGCGGAAACCGUCGAAUGACAGCCCUUCGAAGCUGUACCCCGCCCUCCUGGCCGUCCUAGACAUUCUCCUCUGCAUCGCCUACCUUCUCCUGUUCGUCGUCGAUGUCCAGAUGAUCUAUCUGCAGGACGUGGCUCUCUUCACCGCCUACCACUCGUACAUCAUCUGGGUGCUGUCGUUCUCGCGGAUGAAUCAGCUGGCCAUCCCGUGUCUCCUAAUACUCGCCACCGCCGAGCGGCUCGCCUGGUUGACGCCGAAAAUGCGCCGCUCACGGUCGGCCGGCCGUCGACAGAUUGCGGUGGCUGUUGGGGUGGUGACGCUCUGUGUUCUCAUCAGAAUACCCGCCCUCUAUCUGCUCGAUGUUGACACGUUUCCGGGGUGUUCGGAACCGAUGAGGAGACUCGCCGUUGCACCCACCAUAUUAGCCAGCGAUCCGUGGUGGUUCUUCUACGACACGUACUUUAUCGUCAUCAUCCAGACCGUCAUCCCUUUCGUCGUGCUUAUCGUCCUCAACAUCAUCAUCGUCCGCCGUCUCGGGCGUAAGGAGAAGCUGCUCGUAGCCGGGGAUACGGUAGAGGAUACAGUGGAGCAGAAGCAGCUGGAGAGGAGGAGGAGCUCCGGCGGCAGUCGAGUCAUCGCCACUUUUCGACUCUAUAAGACAUCAUCGUCGGUGCGGAGCGCCGUGUACGCGAUGGUGGCCAUCGUCUGCACGUAUCUCGUCUCAAAUGGACUCCAUAUAUUUCUACUUUUACUGGAGAAGACACACGCUUCUGUACUCUACGUUGAUGGGGAUGAAUAUCAAGCCUCGGGUGUGUACACAGCCCUCUCCGAUUCGGUCUCUAUCGCCUACAUGCUCUCCUCGGCCGUCCGGUUGUUCAUCUACGCGGCCUGCAACCGGGAGGUGCGACAGCAGCUGAUCUAUUUUGGGACCCGGCUGGGCGCUGGGGAAAAGGAGACGCCUGCCGGAUGGAUGUCGGUUGAGGGGCAGCUGCGACGAUCCGUGAACGCGACGCUGCUUCACAAUCUGCUCCACCGAGAUGUACGCUUCCGGGAGACGUGUCUCCGCUCGAUGGAGGAGCGUCGCCUCUGCCGUCCCCUCGAAAUCCACCAAAGCGUCCGCCCCCCAUUCACCCGUCAAACCGCGCCCACCGUGAUGGCCCUCGAGGGCGGCGAGGCCAAUUUCCUGCUGUGCGGCGGCGCGAACGGCGAGGUGUCGCUGCGGAAUCUCGGCCUCGACCCCGCCGACCCGAUGGCCUGGAUGUCAAUGCCGCACAAAUUGUGCCAUCGAAACUUCGUCAACGACUGCCAGUUCUACACGAACGACAUCCGCCUGUUCGUCACCGGGGCCCAGGACGGCGUCGUCAAGCUGUGGGAUCUGAACGAGGUGCGCGUGCUGGACGAGUGGCGAUUCGACACGGCCCCGCUACAAUUGCACUGGCAUGAAUGGUCGACGAAGGGAGGGAAUCCGCUGAUUGCCGUCGCCACAAAGGGAUCACAGAUACGCCUAAUCGAUACAAGGGCUGGCAUCGCGCAAGAGCUCUCCUCCCGCCACCAGUCUGUCGUCUCAAUCAGAUGGUGCCCGACGCGUCGUCAUCUUCUACUCGCCGGCACUCAGGAUGGGGCACUGUUGGCCUUUGACGCGAGAUCCGGCCGCGGCGCCCUGGCCACCCUCCAGCCCUUCCAGAAGACGUGCGGCGUCGUGGCGUUGCGCUUCUCGCAGAGCGGUUGGGUGGCCGUCCCUUACCGCGAGAAGAUCCUCUGGGCCACCGUACCCCCCGAAGGCGACGAUGGAGAUGUCGACGUCCGCGAGCUGGCCGGCCAUUUCCAGAGCGUCAACGAUGUCUUGUACCGCAAUCACAGCCAGCAGUUGCUAUCAGCCGGCGGUGAUCAGCAGCUGCUCGUCUGGGGUGCCCUCGGCCAGAAGCUCGGCUCGACCGCACGCCGGGGCAUCGAAGAGACGGCACGGGCAGACGCGUGGAGUGACGAGGAC